AUGGCCAGCCACGACCUCCUUGACAUCGAGGAUGCCCUGGUGUCCGAUACCAACCCGGCCCAGGACGCUGAUAAUGGAGUGCUGGACGUCCAGCGCUGUGUCCGGCUGCACAACUACCUCGUCGCCCGCGGCUGGAUGGCGAAGAAUCAUAAGCAGCCCGCCGACCUGCACCAUCUGCUUGCCCGGCCGUCGUAUGAAUCGAUACACGCCGACCAGCUCGCCCGCGUCGGCCACAAAAUCGACCCGGAUCUCAGGUCGUUCCUCGCCGCCAUCAUUGCUCCAGACCAGGAGCGGCGGGACGAGAACCCUUACCUCUUCUACUGGGUCAUUUGCGUUGCGGACCCGGACCACUUGGUCGACUCUGAGGGGAUGUACGUACUAGACAUAGAUGAAGACGAGACCGAGGAUGGCCUCCCACGCUAUGUCCUGCUCUAUCAUGCUGUCCACGAACUGGGUGGCCACCAAAUAGGACUCGUCUAUGACCAGCAGCGCCGCCGGGUUGCUCUGCCCCUAGCCACCGAGUAUCUUGAAUAUGUGAUUCCGGCUGACGAGCAUGAGGACCGAUGGCAUCCGCUCGAGAGCAUGCUGAGCAACUGGAUCGAGAUAAUCUCGGUAGGCAAGAUUGUGCCUGACGGUUGUGACGGAUGGAGGAAAUGGGAUGCGCUUGAUGUCUGGCGAUGGAAUCCGUUUGGCAGCAGGCAGGUCGACAGUGCUGUCCAGGCAUUCGACCAGCUAACAGCGGCAAUUGAAGCGCGCAUGCCCGCCUCUGCUCUCCUGGCCGUUGACGAUACCGCUGACGGGGAGACACGUCCCCUAUUUACAAACGCGGAACUCGAUACGGCCAUGGUGCCAAAAGUGUGUUUUGCGCGCUCGCUACUGACCCGCGUGCGGACACCUCGAUUCACCAUUAUUGCACCAGGGCUGGAGGUUCCACACGAUGCAGCACAGUUUGCAGCACGCCAGCCCUUCACCACCAUCCCACAUGGUAAUAGCGGCGAUGUCUAUGUCGAUAUCGAUGGCAAUGGCCACGGCGAUGACGAAAGUAACGAGCUUAUCCCGCCGGUACUGAUAUUUGCAGCCUCUGAGAAACAGACAGUCAAUUUAUACAGGGAGUUUUAUACCCCCUUCCACCCUUAUAUCGAUAUCAAGAGUGCCCCAACCCCCGCAGGACUAUAUAGUGAGUCCCUGAAGGUAAGUGAGGGACAAGUCGCCGGUGAAGGGUUUCGGUUAAUUCUUCCCUUCCCGCUGCGAGAGCAUCAUGCCUUCCCCGAGCGAGGCGCGCGGACCAGUGCCGGCAGCUUCGUGGAAAGUGGGAGUGUCUCGGAGCUCUUCCAGCAUGGAUUCUUCUCUUUCGGUGGAGAUGGGCGGGCUCAGCGGAUCGAAAGACUGUUUGAUAGGUGGCGGGAGCUGGUUGAAACUGGUGUCUGGACGGUAGGAGAGCAUGGCGUCGAGGGAAGCAUCGAGAAGUUCAAAGAUGCGGAUACAGACGACGGCUGGGUGCAUUACUGGAUUCCUCCCAGCUGGUAG